AUGCCCAACUUGAACCGCGUUACUGAGAAGCUCUUCCAGUCACCCUCCAAGUAUAUCCAGGGCCCGUCCGUGAUCCAUCAUGCACCAAAGUACCUUUCAUCCUUCGGAGCCGCACCGCUGUUGCUUUCUGAUGACCUUGUCUAUCAGAUCGCUGGCAAGGAGCUUAAAACUGCACUCGAAAUAGCAAACUUCAAGGUGACGCGAGGCAUCUUCGGCGGCGAGGCAUCGAAAGACGAGAUUACCCGUCUCGGUGCGCUCAGCAAGGAGAAGUCAGUCGACUUCAUCAUCGCGCUCGGCGGUGGCAAGACCAUCGAUAGCGCUAAGGCUAUUGCGGACGACUUGGGACUGGAGGUUGCUGUGUUGCCGACGACUGCAUCGACCGACGCGCCUUGCUCUGCUCUUUCCGUCCUUUACCGGCCGAACGGUGAGUUCGAGAACUACCGGUUCUACUCGAACAACCCCUCCGUCGUUCUCGUCGACACGAGCAUUAUCGUCCAAGCUCCCGCACGCUUCCUUGCGUCAGGCAUCGGCGAUGCGCUUGCAACAAACCUUGAAGCCAAGGCCGCGCGGAAUAGCCCGAACUCUGGCGGCGGGCUUCCAACCGAGAUUGCUUCAGCAAUCGGCGCGAAGUGCGAGGAGAUUCUAUUCAAGUACGGCCGACAGGCGGUAGAGGCAAAUAAAGCAAAGGCGGUCACUCCAGCGUUUGAAGCGGUCGUGGAGGCGAAUACCCUUCUCUCUGGCCUGGGCUUUGAGUCUGGUGGUAACGCUGUGGCGCAUGCUAUUCACAAUGGCCUUACGGCCAUCAACAAUCGUGUCUUGCAUGCUAAGAUGCACGGGGAGAAAGUCGCAUUUGGCGUAGUCUGCCAACUCAUCCUUGACGGCGCUCCCACGUCCGAGAUGGACCGCUACAUCUCGUUGAUGGUUUCUGUUGGGCUCCCCACAACGCUUACUGAUCUGGGCAUUGAAAACGCAACCGAUGAAGAGUUGAGACUGGUGGCAGCUCUCGCAUGCGCGCCGAACGAGACGAUCUGGAAUAUGGACAGAGUAAUCACUGAAGAUAUUGUGUUCAAUGCAAUUAGAGGAGCAGACAUUGUGGGAAAAGACUACAAGGUACGCAAUGGUCUGUAG